CCAGGCCCUGGCACCAUGAGCUUCGUGGAAUACGAGGAGAUCAUCAAGGAGGGAGACACAGCCAUCCUGUCACUGGGCCAUGGCUCCAUGGUGGCCGUGCGUGUGCAGCGAGGGGCGCAAACGCAGACCCGCCAUGGCGUUCUUCGGCACUCUGUUGACCUCAUCGGCCGCCCUUUCGGCUCCAAAGUGACCUGCGGCCGAGGCGGCUGGGUGUAUGUCCUGCAUCCUACCCCGGAGCUCUGGACGCUGAACCUGCCCCACCGCACCCAGAUCCUCUACUCCACAGACAUCGCCUUCCUCACUAUGAUGCUGGAGCUAAGGCCUGGCUCCGUGGUCUGCGAGUCAGGAACUGGCAGCGGCUCGGUGUCCCAUGCCAUCAUCCGCACCAUCGCGCCCACGGGCCACCUGCAUACGGUGGAGUUCCACCAGCAGCGAGCUGAGAAGGCCCAGGAGGAGUUCCAGCAGCACCGGGUCAGCCGCUGGGUGACCGUGCACAACCAGGAUGUGUGCCGCAGCGGCUUCGGCGUCAGCCACGCUGCGGACGCUGUCUUCCUGGACAUCCCGUCGCCCUGGGAGGCUGUGAGCCAUGCCUGGGAUGCCCUCAAGGUUGAAGGUGGGCGCUUCUGCUCCUUCUCGCCCUGCAUCGAGCAGGUACAGCGCACGUGCCAGGCCCUGGCAGCCCAGGGCUUCGAGGAGCUGAGCACUGUGGAGGUGCUGCCGCAGCUGUACCAGGUGCGCACCGUCCACCUGCCCCUGCCUGACCUGGGCACUGGCCCUGCCGAGGCCAGCCCCUUCCGCAGUGGCAUGCCCAUGAAGGAGGCGGUGGGCCACACUGGCUACCUGACCUUUGCUACCAAGACUCCAAGCUAA